UCACAAAUAUUUCAAAUCUCACAUUCUCUCUUUCAUUCUCCCUCUCUCUCUCUCUGAUUUUUCAAUUUUUUUCUAAUGGCACGAACAAAGCAAACUGCUCGUAAGUCAACAGGAGGAAAGGCACCAAGGAAGCAGCUGGCAACAAAGGCCGCCAGGAAAUCCGCACCCGCAACCGGCGGAGUCAAGAAGCCACACAGAUUCAGGCCUGGAACCGUCGCUCUCCGUGAAAUCAGGAAGUACCAAAAGAGCACCGAGCUUCUCAUCAGGAAGCUUCCUUUUCAGAGGCUUGUGAGGGAAAUCGCUCAGGAUUUCAAAACAGAUCUCCGUUUCCAGAGCUCUGCUGUUGCCGCUCUUCAGGAAGCCUCUGAGGCGUAUCUGGUUGGACUGUUUGAAGACACGAAUCUGUGUGCGAUUCAUGCUAAGCGAGUCACUAUCAUGCCUAAGGAUAUGCAGCUUGCUCGUAGAAUCCGUGGUGAAAGAGCUUAGGGUUAGGGUGUCUGUUAAGUAUGUUUUUGUUUUGUUUAGUGGUGAUUAGAUCUGUGUAAGGGUUAAUGGUAUGAUGUGAACAAAUGAUCUGGUUGGUAAAAUGAAGUUUGAUAUGUUCAGAUAUGUUAAUUCCUGUUAUUGAAGUUCAACUGAUUUUUAUCUGAAA